GGCCUCUGCUCCCCGUGGUGUUCUUUCCGAACGUUGGUUGGGGAUGCUCGCCCCGCCCUCGGAAGGAACCGCCGAACAGCCAGCCAACCGCCCCUCGCUUUGCUGGGUGACGUCACGUGCGUGCGUGGGUGCGGGAGGGGCUGACGUACAGGCGGGGCGCCGUCGCCUUGGCCACUCGUCCUCUUUUUUUUUUCCGCCUAGGCUGAGGAGCCAGGUGGCUAAAAAAAAAAGAGGAAGAGACGAGCGCAUCGGGCCCGGUUCGGCGCGCCGGGAUCGGGUUCGGCGCUCCCCUUUCCCGCGCCAUUCCUUCUGCCACCUCAGCUAAGGUUACAGAGGCGCAGCGGGGGCGCGAAGGGUGCCGCCGGUGCGGCCUGGGCCUGAAACAAGAUGGCGGCCCCGGGCGAGUACUUCAGUGUGGGCAGCCAGGUGUCGUGCCGGACUUGCCAGGAGCAGCGGCUGCAAGGCGAGGUGGUGGCUUUUGAUUAUCCCAGCAAGAUGUUGGCACUCAAAUGUCCUUCCUCAAGCGGUAAACCUAACCAUGCAGAUAUCUUGCUUAUAAAUUUACAGUAUGUAUCAGAAGUUAACAUAAUUAAUGACCGCACAGAAACACCCCCACCUUUAGCUUCACUCAAUGUUAGCAAGCUUGCAAGCAAAGCACGGAUGGAGAAGGAAGAAAAGAUGAGCCAAGCAUAUGCAAUUAGUGCUGGGGUCUCCUUGGAAGGACAGCAAUUAUUUCAGACUAUACACAAGACUAUUAAAGAUUGUAAAUGGCAAGAGAAAAAUAUAGUUGUGAUGGAAGAAGUUGUCAUUGCCCCUCCAUAUCAAGUGGAAAAUUGUAAAGGCAAAGAGGGGAGUGCCCUAAGUCAUGUACGCAAAAUAGUCGAGAAACAUUUUAGAGAUGUCGAAAGCCAAAAGUUGAUGCAGCGUUCACAAGUCCAGCCAACACAGAAGGAAAGCGCCCUCUCAUCCUGAGUCCCGUCUGCCCUUCCUGGUUGCGACAGAGUGCUCCUGCGGGGGGUGGGGGUGGGGGGGAAACCCUUCGAACACGCAGCAGCAGAUGACAAAGACUUCUUCAAAAGAGGUCAGGGGAGGGCAGGGGGGGUUCCACUUCUAUGUCGUGGCUACCCUGUAAUGAUGGGACCCACAGCUUCUGAACUUUAGACUUCAAAGACAAAAACAGAGAAUAAUUUAAAAACUCAUUCAUUACUUGACUAACAGACUCUUUACUUUUUGCCCACCAGGUUUCCCCCCUAGAACAGUCAGCUGUCUUGUAUUUGAGGUUUUUCUCCCUCCCAGAUUUUUCUGCUUUACUGAAAUCAAUUCCAUGCCACCCCUGUUCCUGCUAAACACUAGGAGAAUUCAGUUCCCUAGUUUAUCACAUUAAAAAGCGAAAAGAAUAGAGGAAACAGAAGAUAAUAAGCUGACUGUAGUGAUGUAAUUGGAACUUUUCUGUGACUGGCGAUCUCAUUUUGGUUUUCGUUUGCACAAGGCAAGGCUUGAAUUAGCCUUAUUUUUCUUAUCUCAAAAUAUAUAUAUAAUAAAUAUAUAUAUAAAUAAAAUACCCUUUAAAUAUUUUUCUGCUUCUCGCAGUAUUCAAAAUUGGGAUCAUGGCAGAAAAAAAAAUUCUAUGCUUGUUAACAAUCAAGCUGUCUGCAGUUGUCAUUUUUAGGAAUAAUUCAGAAGAUCAGAUAUGUCUGCUGAAGCUUGAGCUUCAGUGGGUCAUGCCCUAUUCAGAAUGCAUACUUAGGGCACGGGCGUUUGGUCUUUCCAUAAAUUUUAUCUUGUGCAUUAUGUUACAUUGCCACAAAUCUGAGCUCUGUUAAUGCCAUUGGAUUAGAACUGCUAACCAAGGCUACAGAUCAUAGUAGUGGAAUCAUUCUAUCCUCAAAGGCAUGAAAACUAGAUCUCACAGCUUCCUCUUGCUCAUGUGCUGUUCUACUGACCACAAUGAAGCACCCAAAGAUUUUCCUUAGGUCAAGGUUGUUUGGGUGUAAUAUAGGAGGAACGAUUUGUGUAUUGCCCAUAGUGACCCAAUUGGGGUUGGGCAGGAGCGUGAAGAUUUGGGCUUGAAUUCACAUGUGAUUGUCCUUAGUCCUUCAUUGGCCUUUUACCCAUGAAAAUAAAUCAUCUGAAUUGGCAGAAGAAUAAAACUGCCUCAGUGGGAUUUUUCUCUUCAGCAUAGUAAAAAUAUAUUUCCGAUGGUGUACAGCUGUAUCCAUGGCAUUUGCAGAGGGGCAAAGAGAAGUAAAUGAUAUGUGUGUUGUGGUACAAGUGAUGCAACUUGAAUACUUUGUAAAGCAUCAUGAUGCAAGUAUAUCAUCUGUAUGUCACAUGACACAUGUUUUGACAUCAUGACUUACUGUGGAUAGUGCUGGCUAUAUCACUGUUAAGAGGAGAGGUUACUUCAGCUUCUUUGUAGGUGGUGAUCAGGCACAUUAGCUGUAGUUCCAGGGAUCCAAGUAUGAUUCUUUGAAUGGAAAUAAUCUCUGUUCUGGCAGAGCUGCAGGGUCAUUUGGAGACACUGUCCAAAAAGUAUUAUUUCUGUCCAUAUGUCUAUGUGCUACUGUUGGCUAAAUGGUUGAAAUGGUCAGCAUUUGUAUGAUUUACUUCUCCUGGACUUGCUGCUCGCAGGGUCAUUCAUAAGUAUCCUUGGUUUGGAAAUAAAUAUUUUGAAGAUCCAUAGGAUACAAAGAUAACAUAGGAUGGGAGGGUGCUGUUGGGUUGGUUUUUUUUUUUUUUUUUUUUUGCUAUGAUCUCUUCUCCCUUUUCCCCUUUUUGUUAUUUCUAAACAAAAGGAUAAAAAUUUAAAUAAUUCAAGCCCUGCCUUUCAGAAUGGAGGGAUUUUUUUUAGCAUUGUCUAGCAAAACCAAUAAAAACCCAGACUUUUUUUAACCAUCAA